GGCCGGCGGGGGCCGGGCGCUGAGGGAGAAGGGAGGAAUAAAGCCAUUGCUGAAAUGAGUGAUAACAACUUAGAUAAAACAACCAUUAUUCAGCAAGCAAUGGCCUCUUGUUGUGGAGCUAUAAUUACAUCAUUAUUUGUAACUCCUCUUGAUGUUAUCAAAACUCGACUGCAAGCCCAAAGCAAUCCAUUUUCCAAGGGAAAGUGUUUUGUAUACUCCAAUGGCCUUACGGAUCAUAUGUGUGUUUGUGAGAGUGGGGACAGCAAACUAGGGCAUAGAAAAACUGGGCAUUUCAAAGGGACGUUGGAUGCAUUUGUGAAAAUUAUUCAAAUAGAGGGAAUUAAAUCACUGUGGAAUGGACUUCCCCCAACACUAAUAAUGGCACUUCCCACCACAGUAAUCUAUUUUACCUGCUAUGACCGGCUGAGUGAAGCUCUGAAAUCUAGACUAGGAAAGGACAAUGAACACAUUCCAAUUCUUGCAGGUUCCUUAAGCAGAUUUGGUUCACUUACUGUUGUGAGCCCCCUGGAGCUGAUCAGAACUAGAACGCAGUAUCGCAAGUUGUCCUACAAGCAACUGUACACAUAUGUCAGCAGUAAAGUGGCUACAGACGGAUGGUUUUCCUUGUGGAGGGGCUGGAGUUCUACUGUUCUGAGAGAUGUACCUUUCUCGGCAAUGUACUGGUAUAAUUAUGAACAUUUCAAGAAGAUAAUGUGCAAGAAAAUUGGUGCACAUGAACCAACAUUUUUCAUUGCUUUUACUUCAGGAGCAGUAUCUGGCUCUAUUGCAGCUGUCAUAACUCUGCCAUUUGAUGUAGUGAAAACAUAUAGGCAGACUGAACUUUGGGAGAAUGAGACCUUAAAAAUUCCACAGAGGGACUGUACAUCAACCUGGGAAGUUAUGAGGAAAAUUGUCGCUAAAAAUGGGAUUACUGGAUUAUUUGCUGGUAUCACUCCACAGCUGUUUAAAUUUGUUGCUCCUGCUUGUGCCAUAAUGAUCAGCACAUAUGAAUAUGGAAAGUCUUUCUUUUCUCAAUUAAAUGAAAAAAUGAACCAACGUUCUUAAUUCUCCUUCAUCGGAUUGUAUGAAGUCAAAAUAUAUGGUGGAAGUUGUGCCAACUUUUAAUCUAUCAAGGCAUUUCCUAGAAUUUCCAGUGAAUUUCUGCCAUUACAUUUGGUAACUAAAUACAACUUAAUUUUUAACUGUUUCACAAAGGACAAAUUCAUUUUUUUCUUAAGACUAAGAAGUGACCCUUAAACUAUCAUUGAAGACUUUGUGAAUUUUCUUGUAGAUAGAGAGAAAAAAGAAAAAAAGGAGAAAAAAAAAAAAAAAAACAACAAACAAACCCAAGGUGCUGACUGUUCUUCGGUGAUGAUUAAAAGGAGAAAAAAAUUGAGGUUGGACAGAGCAACAUAGCUACCUGCCACUGUGUUAAUUUUCAAUCUGACUAAACAUUUUUUGGGGUAGUUAAAAUGAUGUUUAGAAAAUGUUUUAGGCUUCCAAUUGCAUGGUAUGAUUAUUCCUCCAUAAGGAGGUUGGUACAGAAUUAAUUUCAAUAAAUGCUUAUUUAUUCUUGCUUAA